UAAGGAGAGGGACUACUGGGCUCUCUUUGGUGUUUUUGUGAGAAUAUUUGAGGAGGUUUUGGUGCCACAGGUACCUGUUCUGAAACGUUUCAGCUCGGGAACCCGCGCAUCUCUUCCAAGUGAUAUCCAUUUCUUUCAUCUUACCAUCGCACGCAAGUCUGGGGUGACUGUCGGGCAGUCAUGCUGUAGAAGUGUCUCUACAAGUGAAACAGCGGAGUGGAACUGAAGUUUGCGGUCCGCAUGAGUGGGACCAUGCAAGGACAACACAACAGAGGACUGACGAAUCUGAGGCUGCUGCUUCUGUGCCUCUCCAUCGCCAAUCUCGCAUCAGGAGUGCACGCGGGUGGGAAGAAGCACAGUGGUCCCUGUGGAGGAAGAGACUGCAGCGGUGGCUGUCAAUGUUUCCCAGAGAAGGGUGCCAGAGGUCAACCUGGGCCUCUUGGUCCUCAGGGCUCCCAGGGGCCUUCAGGGAGACCAGGUGAUCCAGGCAUCCAAGGACCAAAGGGGCAGAAAGGUGACCAUGGCCAAGGUGGCAACAUAGGUCUUAAAGGAAAUGUGGGAAUGACCGGCGUUCCUGGGUUUUCUGGAAACGACGGCAUUCCUGGCCACCCAGGACAAGCUGGGCCCAGGGGCAAGCCAGGUGCAGACGGCUGUAAUGGGACACAAGGAGAAUCAGGGUUACCGGGGCAACCUGGCUAUAAUGGCGCACCUGGUUUUCCCGGACAACCAGGCAGGAAGGGAGCGAAGGGAGACUCUCUGGAGCUGAGUGUGUACAUGGAGCGUUUCAGGGGAGAUCCAGGCACACCAGGGGUCAACGGAAUAUUUGGGCCCACAGGAAACCCAGGAUGGCAGGGUAACAGAGGCUUCCCCGGACCAAAGGGUCCCCCAGGGCCUCCAGGUCCCCGUGGACCAAAGGGCACUAUGACCAAAGUGCUUAAGGGACACAAAGGAGACCAAGGGGACAUCGGACUUCCAGGGCCACCAGGAAACUCUACUCAUCAGCAAACUCAGCCCCACAGCGGACCCUCGGGACCUCCUGGAGAGAAAGGUCUGAAAGGAGAAACAGGAGAUUUGGCCGACAACAAAGGAGAAACUGGCGUUAUGGGAUUCCCUGGACCGCGGGGUACGUCUGGUGCAGAUGGGAGUCCUGGACCAAGGGGGGAUCUCGGUGAACCAGGUCCAAAAGGCAGAGAUGGUCCUAAGGGAGUCAGGGGUGACCCAGGAGAUCUGAUUUCAUCAGGAUCCCUUUGGUCUUGGGCUUUAGUAGCUGGUCCUCCGGGUCCUUUUGGUGAGCAGGGUCCACAAGGAGAUAGGGGCCCGGUUGGAGACCAAGGCUUCCCCGGACCCCCAGGACGCCCCGCCUCUGAAACACAGCAACUAGUAUUUGAUUUCAUUGGGCCAUUUGGUGUAAAGGGGGAGCCAGGAGAGAAGGGCCAGCAAGGGGAACCAGGACUCCCUGCUGUCAGUGCAGGAGCGCCAGGCUUCACUGGGCGCCCAGGGGCCAGAGGCCCUCCAGGACCCAAAGGAACAUGGGCUGAGUUCUUCAAAGGGGCUCCCGGUGGGAGAGGAAGGCCCGGAAAUGCAGGCUUUAAAGGAGUGAAAGGUGAUCAUGGUGAAUGUGAAUGCACUGUUGUAAACUUUCUACCGGGGCCACCUGGCCCUGCUGGUGACCGCGGUGAUGCUGGGAUGACCGGAGAGUUUGGUCAGCAGGGUGAUGUAGGAGACCCAGGUCCCAGAGGAGAUGACGGCUUCCCUGGAUUUCCUGGACUCAGUGGUUUACCGGGCCCAAAAGGUCGAAAAGGGGACACGAGAGUGGCCACACAGAAAGGAUAUUCUGGAGACCCAGGGGUUCUCGGGCGAGAUGGUGAGUCAGGAGCACCAGGUGCUCCAGGCCGAAAUGGUUUGCCUGGCUUCCCUGGGAGCCGAGGUCCUUCAGGAGAAGGUCCGAGCGGAGAACGUGGAGACAAAGGUUUCCCAGGUCUGCCUGGUCGACCCGGUGCAGUUGGCCUAAGGGGAGAACCAGGUGCAGUCCUCGGGGCCCUCAAAGGUCAACGUGGUGUACCUGGUGACGACGGCCUCGCAGGCUAUCCUGGAGUUCAAGGAACACCUGGCAGCCCAGGAGGCUGUAGUACAGGAGAUGGAGGACAGGUGGAUGUAACAGGUCCUUGCAAUAUUAUUCCAGGACCUCCUGGGCCGCCUGGACCUCCAGGACCCAGUGGAUCACCAGGUUUCCCAGGCACUUCAGGCGAAAAAGGACUACAGGGUCCACUUGGGCCACAUGGAGAGAAAGGAGAAACAGGAGAUCAAGGCACAGGUGGCCGUCCUGGACCACCAGGUUUUUCCGGCCCCCGUGGAGACUUGGGGGUUCCUGGCAGCAAAGGUUCAGUAGGAAACCCUGGUGUGCCCGGUGUGCCCGGCCGGAUCGGGGCACAAGGUGAGAAGGGUGUUCACGGAGAUAUCUUCGGAGCAUCACCAGGAGCCCCCGGUGACCCGGGGCUGCCUGGACUUCAAGGGAAUAGAGGCCAAGAUGGUGACCAAGGAGAACCAGGCUAUUCAGGAAUGGUCGGCAUGCCUGGUAUGAUCGGCUUCAAGGGUGAGAUGGGCCCUUCAGGCCUGCAGGGGGAGGAAGGGAGUCCUGGGCCAGCGGGCAAGUAUGGCUACCCUGGUGACCCUGGGAGAGUAGGUCCACCUGGGCCGCGUGGUGGUACUGGACAGCCAGGUUUCAGUGGAGAGAGGGGAACUGAAGGAGACCCGGGCCCUCCAGGUCCAAUAGGAUUAAAAGGCAUCCCAGGGACGUACGGUGAUGAUGGUGCCGUUGGAGAUUAUGGCCUAACAGGUGACCCAGGACAGCCUGGUGAAGAUGGACACCCAGGACUUCAAGGAAUGAAGGGAAACAAAGGGUCCCCUGGCAUGUCAGGUUUUGAGGGGAUCAGGGGUGAUGUAGGGGUGAAGGGCUUCAGCGGGCAGAGAGGACAACCUGGAGUGCUAGGCCAAGUUGGCCCAAAAGGAGUGACAGGUCAAAGUGGAGCGAAAGGUGAUCGUGGUUUGAGAGGACCACCUGGGGACAAGCCUCAGAUCCCUGCCCAGAUGAUUGUUGACAUGAAGGGAGCCAAGGGAGACUUUGGACGCCCAGGAAAUCAAGGCUUCCCCGGGCAGAGAGGUAUUAAGGGUUUCCCCGGUGUGCCAGGCUACGAGGGAACUCAUGGUCUUCCUGGAGACCCCAGCAAUGAGAAAGGUUACCAAGGAGAUCCAGGAGCACAGGGGCUGCCGGGGAUAAAAGGAAUGCCUGGCAUAACUGGAAAUCGAGGAAUUACUGGUUUUGAGGGAAUGUCUGGCAACAAGGGAAUUAAAGGAAGUACUGGUGCCUAUGGCGCAUCAGGAGACAACGGAAGGAAGGGAGUCAAAGGUGAUAAAGGCCCACGUAUAGACCUUCCAGGAUCUACCGGAUUGAGAGGAGAGCAUGGUUUUCCAGGAGAACCAGGCCAGAAAGGAUUAAUUGGACAAACUGGGGACAGGGGUACACCUGGUUUUGAUGGUAUCGAAGGGAAAAAGGGACAGUCAGGUGAACCAGGAAUAUUAGGAUACCCAGGCUUAGAUGGGCAGAAGGGAACUCCUGGUAACCAAGGUCAAAAAGGCUUUCCUGGAAUCCCUGGAAAAGAAGGACAUCCAGGCUUUCCUGGCUUCCCCGGACAAAAAGGGUUCCCCGGCCUAAAGGGUCUUUAUGGAUUACAUGGACUGAAAGGACACAAGGGUAUCCCCGGGACACCAGGUCCGGAUACUACUGGACCAGCUGGGGAACCGGGACCCAAAGGGGAGAAGGGAGAGAGCGGUGACCCCAACAACCAACCAGGUUUUCCUGGCACAGCGGGUUUGAAAGGCUUCCAGGGACCUCUAGGUGACCAUGGACAUCCUGGACCGCCAGGAUUCCGCGGUCCCAUAGGACCAGACGGGACCCCAGACAGACCAGGACCCAGUGGGGACCCUGGCUUUAAUGGACCUAAUGGGUACCAAGGCUUCCCUGGAACAAGAGGAUUUCCUGGAGUGGACGCCCCCCCUGGAGAAAAGGGUGUACCAGGAUUAACUGGGUUUCCUGGAUUCCCUGGAAGGAAAGGAUUCAAAGGAGAUCAAGGUCCAUUUGGAUACAGGGGGCCAAAUGGUGUUUCUGGGAAGAAAGGAGUGAAAGGAGAGCAAGGAGUGAUGGGAGUUCCUGGUAUGAUUGGCGUGAAGGGAGAAAGAGGGCCAACCGGUCCAAAAGGAGACACUGGACCCCCAGGUUUCCGUGGGUCCCCAGGCAACCAGGGUCCUCUUCCACUUCCCAUCAGAAUCCCAGGAGAGAGGGGCCCUCCAGGACCGCAGGGUAUCCAAGGACCAAAGGGGGUCAGAGGGGAACCAGGGCCACAGGGCCCGCCUGGGGAUGCUGGUUUCAUGGGACCCAUUGGGCAGAAGGGCAUGCCUGGGAUUGGUGGUAGACCAGGAACGCCUGGAUUUCGUGGAGAGGUUGGACAAAUGGGCCACCCUGGUCUGCAAGGCAUGGCAGGUCGCCGCGGCAACACUGGCAUCCCUGGGUUAGCUGGUAUGCCUGGCCGCAGCGUCAGCGUGGGCUACUUGCUGGUGAAACACAGUCAAUCAGAGCAGACGCCCAUGUGUCCUGUGGGCAUGGCGAAACUGUGGGACGGCUACAGUCUGCUGUACCUCGAGGGCCAGGAAAUGGCCCACAACCAGGACCUCGGUUUGGCUGGCUCCUGCCUCCCACGGUUCAACACCAUGCCCUUCCUGUACUGCAAUCCUGGAGACAUUUGUUACUAUGCCAGCAGAAAUGAUAAGUCCUACUGGUUGUCAACAACUGCUCCUCUUCCUAUGAUGCCCGUAGAAGAGGGAGAGAUCAAACCGUAUAUCAGCCGCUGCUCAGUAUGCGAAGCUCCAUCAGUUGCCAUCGCAGUCCACAGCCAAGACAUCACCAUCCCACAGUGUCCUGUGGGCUGGCGCAGCCUGUGGAUCGGCUACUCCUAUCUCAUGCAUACAGCGGCAGGAAAUGAAGGCGGAGGUCAGUCCUUGUCAUCGCCUGGCUCCUGCCUGGAGGACUUCCGCACAACACCAUUCAUUGAGUGUAACGGGGCCAAAGGCACAUGCCACUACUUUGCUAACAAGCACAGCUUCUGGCUUACCUCCGUAGACCAGUCGUUCCACACUGAGCCGGCAUCAGAGACGCUCAAAGCAGGCCAGCUCCUGUCACGCAUCAGCCGCUGCCAGGUCUGCAUGAAGAACUUGUGAAAGACUCUACGGUAACGCUGACAGAAAGAAGUUGCUCCAUUGACAGUGGUCUAAUGUUGUCUCUCUGUCCAUGUACUAAACUAAACAAAGGGGGAUCUGAAAUGCUGAUUUAGACUAAUGUAAAUGGGAAACUUUCUCCCUGAGCCACAGAGCUCAGAUAUGCAUUGACUUUCUUGAGCUUUGAGUGUAUAUGUCCCACUGUAGAUAAAACGGGAGAAGCCCCAUAAUGAAGUCAACAGCAUUAUGGGAAAGCAGGUAUUUUGUGUUAAAUGUGGAUUGGUGCUUACUGUUUAACUUAUUACCUCAGCUACUAUGACGCAAUGUUAACGAUCAGAGACCGUACACUACAGCUGAACCAAAGAUGCCCAUGUGUAUGCACUGCUUCAGUCUAUCUAGAUGUUUUUAUUGUUUAGGGUACACAGCCCACCAUAAAGCCGCCAACACUGCUUCUCAGCCAACUGAAGAAUGUGUCAUUAGAGGUCUUGACCAAGUGCUGGUUCAUACUAUUGACAGUAUUAUCCUGCUUUUAUUCUCUAUGCUCUUACAAAACCUAUUUUUAUAAUAUCAAAGUCUUUUCAAUCUGUUUUAUGCAUUUAUCAACCAUUGCAAAACUGUCUAACUCUUUAUUUUUCAUACACCAUAUGUUCACACAAUGCACUGAUUCUCUUUGUAUUUAUAUCAGCUGAAUGAACUUGACCCCCUUCCCUAAGAGUUUAAAUAUAUAUAUAUAUAUCUUAUCUAAUACUACUCAUGUCACACUCAUUUUCCUUUGCAAACCUACUAACUAUUGAACUGCCCCAAACUGCCAACAGGACAGAAUGUAAACAGCUUGGCUCAAAGGUCUGACUGACUGUAGCAAAUCCUAGCUGUGGUCACUAUCUGAGUCUGGGUUAGAUUAGAGCAUUUUACACAAUUUAGAAAGUAGGUCAAAUGUUCUGUACUAGAAACACUUGUCUGGAAAUAAACAGUUUGAUUAAACCGGAAAUAUACUGACAUUUCUUUUAAUUGUAAUGUAAUUUUCAUAACAUGAUCAUUUCAUUGGAUUGUAAAGAUUAAAUGUUGUUUGUUAUA